AGGCACGAUUAUAUAGUACGGAUAUUUCGACCAAAUAAUUGGAGAUUCUACCACUGGUACUGGCCUUCUUUGGUUGGUUGUCCCUCUUUGCAGGCCUCACCAACAACAUCAACAGCAACAACAAACAUCAUGGCUUCUGCAACUGGUACUGGCCUUCUACUCCAGGCCAAUUCCACGCGUUUUCUACCAUCUAACUGUCACGCUCGUCCAUCAAAUACAAAACAGAGGCGAUUAAUUCAUUUCCCGCCAACUCAAUCAUCUAACGCGAUACGAUGGAGUGCCAAAAUCCACACAAUUCCUUGCGCCUACGUCUCAGGGCCACCGACUGUCGGCGAGCCUGAGCCGAAAGUCAAAGCGUCUGAUGCCACGAGCGAGAAGGUGCAGGAGUCGCCUAAAGUAAUAAGCUGGGGGCUUUUGUGGAGUCUUUUGCUUAAUCAUAAGCUAAGACUCGCAGUUUGUGCUAUGUCUCUUGUCGCUUGCACUACUUGUACCCUCUCUCAACCUAUUUUUUCAGGCCGAUUUUUUGAAGUGCUGAUUGGAGCAAGGCCAGAGCCUUUAUGGAGGUUACUUACUAAGGUUGCAAUUGUAUACUCUUUGGAACCGAUUUUUACUGUGAUAUUUAUUGUAAAUAUGAACACUGUCUGGGAGAAGGUAAUGUCAACAUUAAGAGCUCAUACUUUCGGGAGAGUUUUGAUUCAAAAGGUGGAAUUUUUUGAUAGAUACAAGGUUGGCGAGCUGAGUGCUUUGUUAACGACUGAAAUGGGUUCGCUUAAAGAUAUCGUCAGCGAAAAUGUGUCGAGGGAUCGCGGAUUUAGGGCAAUUUCUGAGGUUAUUGGGACUAUCUGCAUACUAUUCACUCUGGCCCCUCAACUGGCCCCAAUUCUAGGCAUAUUAAUGCUGAGUGUGUCUGUUUUAGUGGCCAUAUACAAGCGGUCAACUAUACCUGUUUUUAAAGCUCAUGGAAUGGUCCAAGCAUCCAUGUCUGAUUGUGUGACAGAAACGUUUUCUGCUAUUCGCACUGUGAGAUCCUUUGGUGGCGAAAAGCGCCAAAUGUCAAUGUUUGGUAGCCAGGUUCUUGCGUAUCAGAGUAGUGGCAUAAAACUUGGCACCUUCAAAUCAGUGAAUGAAUCAUUGACAAGAGUUGCUGUCUAUGUUUCUUUGUUGGCUUUAUAUAGUCUUGGAGGUAGCAAAGUAAAGGCGGGGGAACUCUCCGUUGGAACUCUUGCUUCUUUUAUUGGAUAUACUUUCACGUUAACUUUUGGUGUCCAAGGACUAGUUAAUACAUUUGGAGAUCUUCGUGGAGCAUUUGCUGCUGUUGAGCGAAUUAAUUCUGUUCUUUCUGGAGUAGAAAUUGAUGAAGCCCUCGCCUAUGGAUUGGAAAGACAAAUUCAGGACAAAGAAAAGCAUGAUGAGAUAAUUAAAUUAUUUUUCGUUAGUGGUUAUAGUGGGAAGAAUAACUAUUUAAACAUGCAUUACAUGUCUGCCUUGAAAUCAGCUAGUGACCUGAGUACCUAUGCUUGGUCUGGCGAUGUUAAUCUUGAAGAUGUGCAUUUCUCUUAUCCUCUGAGACCUGACGUGGAAAUCCUGAAUGGUCUUAAUUUGAAACUAAAACGUGGAACUGUGACUGCUCUGGUGGGUUCAAGUGGUGCAGGCAAGAGUACUAUAGUUCAGCUAUUGGCACGCUUUUACGAGCCUACUAGAGGUCAGAUAACAGUUGCUGGAGAGGAUGUUCGGACAUUUGAAAAAACUGAAUGGGCUCGAGUAGUAUCCAUAGUGAAUCAAGAACCUGUUCUUUUCUCAGUGUCUGUUGGAGAAAAUAUUGCAUAUGGUCUUCCAGAUGAUAAUGUAUCCAAGGAUGACAUAAUAAAGGCUGCCAAAGCUGCUAAUGCUCAUGAAUUUAUAAUUUCACUUCCAAAGGGUUAUGCCACUUCAGUUGGUGAGCGCGGAGGUUUACUGAGUGGAGGACAGAGGCAGAGAAUUGCGAUUGCAAGAGCCCUACUCAAGAAUGCUCCAAUCCUGAUUCUCGAUGAGGCAACUAGUGCAUUGGAUGCAGUCAGUGAACGCCUGGUCCAGGAUGCUCUUGACCAUUUGAUGAAGGGCAGGACAACAUUGGUGAUUGCUCAUAGAUUAAGCACUGUUCAAAAUGCCCAUCAAAUUGCACUUUGUUCAGAUGGGAGGAUUGCUGAACUGGGUACCCAUUUCGAGUUGUUGGCUAAGAAGGGUCAAUAUGCAUCAUUGGUUGGCACUCAAAGAUUGGCAUUUGAGUGACAUUGAAAUUGCAAUACAUUAUUAAUAGUUGAAGAAAUAUUCAGCAAGUUGGUAUUUAGUUUUCUAAUUGGACUCCAUGGUGCUUCUUGCUUCAUACACAGUUCUUGUUGUGCUUUUGCCCUGAGUUUUCUUUCCCGUUGUGUAGACACUCCAAACAUUGCAUUUUAAAAGAAGUGGGAAAAUGGUUGCCCAAGGAGUGAUGCAGAGCUUAAAGUGAGGAAGAGCUUCUGCUGAUAAUCAGUGACAUUAUUGUGUGUUAAGUUAUAGGAGAUUAUUUAACACAAGAGGGGCAUGAUGCUGCCUAUUCAUUGUUGAACAGAUGAGAUUUUAAGAUAUUACAGAUAGCUAGAGUUCAAGGAUUAUUGUUAGUUUUCUCUCAGAACAAUUGUUGAUAGUAAUAAUUGUAAUGGUUAUUGGCAAUUACUGCAUUGAUUCUCAGUUAUUUAUAGCCAUGGUGUUUCUUUUC